CAAAACAGCAUUUUGCAAGCCAGGCCCCAUGCUGCACACAGCUGUUUUCCUCCCUGAUACCAGCCAGGUGGCCCUCUGCCCUCCUUCCCCUCCUCGUCCCUUCGCAUGACUUCAGCCUGCAUCGUCUGUUCCUGGCUGCUUUCCACAUUCCAAUCCCCUUCCAGAACCCAGGCGUCCUGGCCUCCAGCUGAAAGUAAUGCCUGUGGCUUCCCCAUCCCUGGCCCCAUGACUCAGGCCUUCCAAGGACCCAGCCCUCUUCUCAGCACUACGGGGAGGGGGACUAGGUGGUGCUAUCAUAGGUCCAAGGGCAUAAAAGCUUUGAGCCAAAACAAGUGAAACUGAAGACAUUGACAAAACUUAACGGCGCAGCCUGUGCUCCUGGGGACCCCUCAACCCGAUCCUCGCAGACUCUGGCAGACGUUUCCCACUGCAUCAAGGCCUCCCCCUCCCCGCUGACUCCAUGUUGGGCUCUCCCUGCCUUCUAGGGCUCUUGGCAGUCACCUUCUUGGUUCCCCAAGCACAGCCCUUGGCCCCUGGGAACUUGGAGGAAGAGGAGGAGGAAGACGAGACACCUUUACCCUCCAUGCCCUGUGACUACGACCGCUGCCGCCACCUGCAGGUGCCCUGCAAGGAGCUGCAGAGGGCCAGCCCAACGGCCUGCCUGUGCCCUGGACUCUCCAGCCCAGACCUGCCACCAGAGCAGCCGCGCCUGGGUGAAGUGCGCCUGGUGGCGGAGGACAGCCUGGCGGUGGUGCACUGGUGUGCGCCUUCCUCCCCGGUUCACCAGUACUGGCUGCUGCUCUGGCCAGGCAGCGGGGCUCCCCAGAAGAGCCCCCCCCUCAACUCAACCUUCCGCAGAGCAGAACUGACAGGACUGAAGCCUGGUGGCUCUUACGUCGUGUGUGUGGUCGCCGCUAACGGGGCUGGAGAAAGCAGCGUGCCCGGGGCAGUUGGCCAGGGCCUCGACGGUGUGGGAGGCCCUUCCUUCGGGCCCUGCAGCCAGUUCACGGUGCCACCCAGACCCCUGAGCCUGGUGCACGCAGCCGCAGGGGUGGGCACAGCCCUGGCCCUGUUGACCUGUUCAGCCCUGAUUUGGCACUUCUGCCUGCGUGAUCGCUGGGGCUGCCCUCGCCGCCAGGCCCGAGCAGUCCCCAGGCUCUGAAGCUGCUGGGCUCCUGCUCCUGAACCCGGAUCCCAGAGGAGAUGGUGGCCAGCUGUUGCCCUGCACAUUCCCACCGGAUCCCAAGGCCAGGCUGAUUCCAGGGUCUGGAUCCCUAACCCAUGCAGGUCUCAGACCUACCUCAGGGCUUGGGCUCAGGGCCUGAUGUUUAGGAUGGGAUAGAAAGGUCGGCUUUUCUUUUUUUUAAGGCCCAGGUAGUAAAUAAUUUAGGCUCGGCAUUUCCAGAGGAGAAUAUGGAAAGUUUUAUAGAGGUACUUAUAUAAGCAUGUCACCAACCACUUAAAAAUGUAAAAGCCUUGGGCCUCCCCGGUGGCGCAGCGGUUGAGCGCUGGGUUGCGAGGCUGCCCACGACCUCUGCGGCGCCGGUUCGAUCCCCGGCUGCUCCCCGGCCACCGGGGGAGGGUCCCGCAUGGCGCGCAGACCUCUCCUGCCGCCCGCUGCUCCCCUCAGCAGUGUCCUUUGGUCCUUCUGCCUGCUCUGCUCCCCGCGCUGGCUCUGGUGAAUUCUCUCACCCUCAUGCGCUUCUGACUGUUCCCAGUGCAUGUAUAAACAAACAAACAAAUAAAUAAAAACAUGCCUCUUUAAAAAAAAAAAUGUAAAAGCCAUUUUUCACUCGGGGGCCAGAUUUAGCGCUUUGACUGUUUAUUAAUCAUGCAGCCUCAGAGGACUGCCAGUCUGGGUGGCUUUAGGGGAGUGGUGAAAUUAAGCUUCUGCAGGGUGGACCUUGGGCCAGAGAUCACUUUUUUUUCCUUCUGCCUUUGGUUUAGUUGCUGUGUCUGCACACACCUAAGUCAUAAUCUACCUGUGUCUGAGGUGAGUGGGAAGAAAUGACUGCCAUUUCUCCAUGACUGGAGAAGAAAGGCAUUGUCCAAGCUGUUGUCUGGGACAAGCUUGUGUUUUUUAGCUAGUGAAAAGAAAAAAAAGUAAUAAUAUUACAUCCUUUUCAAUUCCCUGUCUAUACACCUAUUUUUCAGGUAGUGUACUUUUGAAUUUGUCUUGAAGUCAACUGCAUAUAGAAAAAGUGUUUAAGUUGCUACAAAGUAUAAUUAUCACUUGUACUGGUCUUGUAACUUUUUUAAAUUAUAAAAAUAACUCACAGAUUUCAAAUAAUACUGAAAAGUAUAAAGUGAAAAUUCUCCUCCUGCUGUAAUUGCCUUUAAGAGAGCAGAUCUUUCCCUAAGUGAUACAAAUGUUUUCUCAUUCCAUAUAUCACGAAUGUUCUAUGCUGGUAUCCCUAGUGAUGUUAAAGGCUGUCUAGCUUUCCAAAGGAGAAUGUGCCUUAAUUGACUUUAGUCAUUGCUUUUGGUUGGAAUAUUUGUUUCCAGGGUUUGCUGUGCACAACCUCCAACACUGUAUUUCUAUAGGGUUCUUACAUAAUCUAAGAGGCAGUACUAUAGAGCUUCAUCAUUCUUUUAGGAUUCUUUUGGGAUUUCUAGAAGAAAUUUAGAAUGCAUUGCUUCCCCAGUUAUCACACUGCAGUGGAUAUUUUGCGGCUUUCUGCUUUGACUCCUGUAUUUCCUUGGCAUUUAUUCAUUUGUAAAUAAUGAUGGCCUGCUAUCUCCUUAUUAAAGAUAUGCUUUGUAUGCUUUCACUUAAUCUCACAAUAAUAUUCCAAGACAUGGUAUCACCUUAUCACAGAUGAGACAAAUUUAAGGUUCUGAAAGUUUUGCUGCUGCAAGAAAGGAAUUGAGUUUGGAUUUGGGACCAAGAUACCUAGCUCCAAAGCCGAUGUUCUUCACAACCUAGCACAGUGGUUUGGUAAACUUGCACACUACUCCAGUUUGAAUCUAGCUCUGGUAUUUACCAGCUCUGUGACUUAAUUACCUCAUCUGUUUCCUGUGAGUAUCUACAUCAUAUGGAUUAUUGUGAUUUAAUAUGAAUUAAUCAUAUAAGAGUCUCCAGUGCAUAUAUUAUCAAUGUCAUAUUAAUUUAUUACUCUGCCUUCUAAUAAACAUUUAUAGUGAACUUUACCUUUAGGGAUCUAACAGCCAAGG